AUGACCCUUGGCUUUCCUGACACGGCUGGCAACCACCUGGCUUCCCCUACCUGCUUCCUACAACCCCUGAACUUUGAGAUGCUCCAGCAACAAACCACCAACACUGCAGAAGAGCCCCUGGAUCUCAUCAGGCUCAGCCUGGAUGAACGAAUCUAUGUGAAAAUGAGAAAUGACAGAGAGCUUCGAGGCAGGUUACAUGCUUAUGAUCAACAUUUAAAUAUGAUAUUGGGAGAUGUGGAAGAAACUGUGACAACUAUAGAAAUUGAUGAAGAAACAUAUGAAGAGAUAUAUAAAUCAACAAAACGGAAUAUUCCGAUGCUCUUUGUCCGGGGAGACGGUGUUGUGCUAGUUGCCCCGCCCUUGAGAGUUGGCUGAAUUUAUCCUGUGUGGAAAAUAGAUUUUGUAUGAUUGCCUCUUUAAAUGUAGAAGAUAUUCAAAAGAGAAACCGGCGUACAUUUUGAUACUAAGAAAUAACCAAGAUUUCUUCCACACGUGAAAUAAGUUGAUUUGCAGAUAACUCACAAAUUCUUAAGCUAAAUGGCAUUUUUAUUUUUCUCCAACCCUUCCAAUAAAUGUGAUCACCAAGA